AGCUCUCUCUCUCUCUCUCUCGCCCUCUUUCUCUCAGGAAGCAUGCAGCUGAUGCUCUACUCCAGAGCAGCUGGGUUAAACUCUAGGACACACUGACGCCGAGGGGUCCAGGGACACAGCAUACCGCUGCACCCUGACCUUUUUAAAGGGGCAAUCUGGGAUUGGGAUACAUCCUGCUGGAACACGGACAUCCUGGAUGAGUAGUGGGCAGUGAUGAGUGACAGGGAGGCAGCCCAGGCCCAUGUCCUUCUGUCAUCACAGGGCCACCAGACAGCCCUCCACCGAGCAGCCAUGGUGGGGAACAGUGAUAUCAUAGACGGACUCAUCAAGGGAGGCUGCGCUCUAGACCUGCAGGACAAGGACGGCAACACGGCGCUCCAUGAGGUCUCAUGGCAUGGCUUCUGUCAGUCAGUCAAACUGUUGGUCAAGGCUGGGGCUGACGUUCACGCCAGGAACAAGGCAGGAAACACAGCUCUCCACCUGGCCUGUCAGAACGCCAAUGCUCAGAGCGCCCACGUGCUGCUGCUGGGAGGCUCCAGACCAGACAUCAAGAACAAUGUGGGGGACACCUGUUUGCAUGUGGCAGCACGUUACAAUCACCUGGCCAUGAUCAAGAUUCUGGUGGGCGCCUUAUGCUCUGGUACGGAGAAAAACAAGGCAGGUCCCAGCUUGAUUUUAUGCAGGGAAGACUGCCCUGGACAGGCCAGAGACUACAACCACAAAGACGUGUCUCUCCUGCUGGCCAGAGCUCCUCAGAAGAAGAAUGAAUGGCCAUCCGACCUCCACAGGAAGAGCAGACUGUGUACAUAUGAUGAAGCCCCUCCCACAACGGCAAAACCUAUCAGAAUACCCCUGUACCGCGACAAGGACGGCAAUGUCAAACAGGCCCCAGCCAAUGGCUGCCACUGUAAGCCCCUGAUCAAGAGGCUAGAGGGAGAGCUGAACGCCACUAAAGAGGAGAUGAGGACACAGAUGCUGACGGUUCAGGAGCAAGUCUAUACUAGGCUUGGGAGGAUGGACCGCAAGAGCAUACACCAGAUCAAAGUGCUGGACAUGCUGACCCAGGAGAGGGUGGCAGCAGAGAGGAUGGAGUGUCUCUACAGGAUGGACCAGAGAGCUGCCCAGGGCAGAGAGGAGGCACAGAGGAGACAGGCAGCAGCGACUCAGGAGUUGAAGAGGUGGUGCAUGACUCAGAUCCAGGAUAUGGACCUCCACCUCCCAGCCGACCCCCAGUACUACAAGCUGCUCCCCUCUCCGUCUGUGGGGGACGAUGGAGACUCAGAGUGCCUCCCCCUGCUCUCUGUCUUCUCUGGGGACAGCAGCAGCUCUCUGGCUACCUACGUCAACCUGCUGCCAUGUCCCUCACCCUCACCCACCCACAAUGCACCACACAGUCUGGCGAUGGAGCAGGGCCAGGGUCAGGGGUCGGGCAGGAAGUACUUUGAGCUGAAGCUGGACAGAUCACCAGAUAACUACCAGAACACUACUCUUCUCCCUCUGCCAGCUCACCACCAUCACCCAGGAAUCCUCCUGAGCUCUACCGCCCCCCGGUGUCAGCAUCCAGAACGGCUCGACAAUCACAUUCCGGGGCUGAUCUGGGAGGGCUGCUCCAGCAGUGUCAGCAGCAGCCAGUCUCCCACCAGCAACUGGAAGCAGGGCCGGGGCCAGGACAGUCAUGGCUGGCACCACAGGAAGCACCUCCGGGACCGGAUCAGGACGCGCGGCCUGAUGAGACCACCCAGUGUCGGGACCAGGACCCUGGAGUUCUUCAUGGACAGACCUCCUGAGCCCACAUUCAGUCAGGAGAGAAACAACCUACACGCCAUGGAGGUGACCCAGAGGUUCUUUGAGACAGUGUCCACUCAGCUGGAGUGCUGGUAUGAGAGGAAGAUCCAGGAUGCCAAGCGGCAGGCAGAGCUCAGGGCACAGCAGGACAGGGCCGAACUCCUGCAGCGAAUUAGAAGCCUGGAGGAGGAGCUUGAACAGCUCAGGAUGACCAAUGGGAGCACAGACAGUUGAUGCCAACCGGGCUGACAUGAGUUUGAGCAGAGGAAGAGGCGAAGCGAGAGGGUUUACUCUGCCCAAAAUCUGUCCACGAAAAGUGAGGAAUUUUUUAUGGAGGACAAUGAGUCGAAUUUGGUUAAGAAAAACUUGAAUUGCUUACUUGAUCAAAUAAAAGCAUGUGUCAUUUCGCCAACUUAAAAAAAAUAAAACUUAAUCUGAGUUGUGCCUUUUGUUCACACGCGUAUCUGCCCUCUCAUUGGCUAGAAUAGUCCCACCURAUCUCGACUACUUUGGCCUGCCUUCCAUCAAAGACAAUACAGUGCUUCCAUCUUUGAGGACACUCAUUUCCAAUGUUAGUGUUCACUCGACUAUCUUGUCAAUAUAAUAGAUUGUCUUUGGUUUGACCCUUACCUUAACCUAAUUGUAACCAAUUUGAAAAUGA